AUGGGACUCCGUGAUAUGAUCAAGAAGAAGGACCGGCUGACCGGCGACUACUCGGCCGCGCACGCUGCCGAGGUCGGCCGGCUGGCCGCCCCCGAGUUCACCUUCAUCCGCUCCGACACCAACACCCAAGAGAUCAUCUACCCGCCGACGGGCCCGGACGGCGCGAACGAUGACUAUCUGGCCGCCAAGGACAGCGGCAAGCCGCGCCGCAGCCUCGACGUCUUCAAGAGCCGGUCGCGUGGCAACAGCACGUCCUCGGUCAAGAGCGAGUCCUCCCCCUCCAACAGCAGCACCAGCAACAAGAAGGACGCCCACCCGGGGGUCGGCCACCGGCGCCUCUCGCACCGGCUGCACCUGCACCGCCAGCCGAGCACGUCCGAGUUCGUGCCCGAGAACCUGCCGCAGAUCCGGCUGCCCGACGGCGCCGCCGACAAGGACGUCUCGGAGCGCGAGUGGGAGAACCGGGCGACGAUCCUGGCCGAGCAGAACGAGCGCGUGGUGCGCGCCCGCUCCGCCUCCGUGACGCCCUCGCCGGCCGCCGAGGUGCCGAACCCGUUCGACAUGACGGCCGUGGCCAACAGCCUGCGCCAGAGGAAAUCGGACGGCGUCGUCUCGAGCAAGGGCAUAGACGACAACAUACAGGAGGCCAUCAGGCUGCACGAGGAGGGGCAGCUGGAACAGUCGACACGCAUGUUCGGCCGGCUGGCAGACCCCAAUGGGGCGAACAAUCCCCUGAGUCAGGUCUUAUACGGCCUUGCGUUGAGGCACGGAUGGGGCUGUGAACCAAAUCUCGAGCAAGCUGUCACGUUCCUCUCCGCAGCGGCGUCCAAUGCGGCUGAGGUCGAGAACAUGGCCCUCAAGGCCGGGUUGAAGAAGGGAGGCGCGGCCAAGGGCGAGCUGGUGCUAGCGAUCUUUGAGCUCGCCAAUUGCUUCCGCCAUGGCUGGGGCGUUCCGAAGGAUUCAGUCGCUGCAAAGCAAUACUAUGAGACGGCAGCCAAUCUUGGUGAUUCUGAUGCCAUGAACGAAGUUGCCUGGUGCUAUCUCGAAGGCUUUGGAUGCAAGAAAGACAAGUUCCUUGCGGCGAAGUACUAUCGGCUGGCUGAACAAGCCGGAAACAAGACCCUUGGGAAUACCUGGAUUUGGAAGGAUAAGUACGAUCCAGAGAAAAAGGCGGGCAAGAAGUAG